AUGGGGGGCAAAACUGCAUCCAAGGCCAGCUACUUCGACAAGCUGAAGGGCCUCCUCGAGGAGUACCACAGCGUCUUCAUCGUCACCGUCGACAAUGUCUCGUCGCAGCAGAUGCACGAGAUCCGCCAGUCCCUGCGCGGCGAGGGCGUCGUGCUGAUGGGCAAGAACACGAUGGUCCGCCGUGCCCUCAAGGGUUUCAUCAACGACUACCCCGAGUACGAGCGCCUCCUCCCACACGUCCGCGGCAAUGUCGGCUUCGUCUUCACCAAUGCCGACCUGAAGCAGUCCCGCGACAAGAUUCUUGCCAACCGUGUCGCUGCUCCAGCCCGUGCUGGUGCCGUCGCCCCAGCUGAUGUGUUCGUGCCGGCCGGAAACACUGGUAUGGAACCCGGCAAGACCUCUUUCUUCCAGGCUCUCGGUGUCCCGACCAAGAUCGCGCGUGGUACCAUCGAAAUCACGUCGGAUCUGAAGCUCGUCCAGGCCGGCAGCAAGGUCGGUGCGUCCGAAGCCACCCUCCUGAACAUGCUCAACAUCUCGCCCUUCACGUACGGUAUGGGAAUCGCCCAAAUCUACGACCAGGGACAGACUUUCGACUCCAGCGUGCUCGACAUCGAGGAGUCCCAGCUGCUCAAGGCCUUCUCCUCCGCCAUCACCACGAUCGCCUCCAUCUCGCUCGCCAUGAACUUCCCUACUCUUCCAAGUGUGAUGCACAGCGUCGUCAACAGCUACAAGAACAUGAUCUCUGUGGCGCUUGAGACGGAGUACGAGUGGGAGGCGAUUCAUGAGCUGAAGGACCGUGUCGCCAACCCCGACGCCUACGCUUCGGCUGCGCCAGUCGCUGCCGCCGGUGGUGCGACUGAGGCUGCUGCGCCGGCGAAGGAGGCUGAGAAGGAAGAGGAAGAGGAGGCGUCGGAUGAGGACAUGGGCUUCGGUCUCUUCGACUAA